ACCCUUUUGAACUGAAUAUACUAAAACUGAAUUUGUGAACAUUUGCACACAAGAAUUACAUGGCUAUGAUGCAAGGAGGAAAUAUGAUGGUGUCAUGGUUGUUGCUACAGCAGAGUAAGAAGCGUUUGAUCACAGUAUUCUGGAGGAGAGCUAAAAAAAAAGUCUUCAGAUUUCAAUGUAUCUGAGGGUGAGGCUGGAGGGGGAGACUUUCCCAGUGCUUUGCUCUGGUCUGACUCAGCACCGCUGAUGUCCUGCGGGAAGUCUCGCAUGGAACAGUGGGGUUUUUCAGGCAACAGACAAUGUUUCAAAGCCUGUCCCGCAGUGUUUUGUUAAACUUGUUCAUCUUUCAGCAAAGCUACACUGAGAAGCUGAGCACAACAUCUGAACCCCACGGUAUUUCCAAAUUGCUGACGAGAGAGCAUAAUGUCUGUUGUAGGCAUGGUAGCUCUAAGAGUAGUAAAUAUUUAAACACACCUGACAAGAUUAAGGAAGGCCUGGAUGAAAGAACUCAUCUGGAACACAUUGUGCAGCACACAGCACUGUUGUACUCCACAGGCAGGAGUGGCAUUUCUACCAUUUCUCUUUGCCUGCCAGUGUCAUACUCAGGCCAGUAGCUCUCACACUGGAGCCCAGCAUUCGCUUGGGGCAAUUCCUGUAGAGCGUCUGGCUCACCAUCUCUCUCAUCUGUGCAUCUGCAGUAUCUCCUGCCACCCUCUCAGAGGCAGCCUGAGCAAGAGCCCUAGUCUGUACAUUGAGGAGCUAUAGGAAGAGGCUGGCCACUGAGGUAGGGGCUGCAGUAAGCAAGAAGACAUCAGUUGGGGACACAGUUUGGAGAAGUAAAAUGGAAAGACAAGAGAGACAAAGGACAAGAGGUCGAGAUUAUCUUGGAAAUGUAGAGUGCACAGAAGGAACAGGAGGGAGCCAGAAAGUCUGGGGGCUGGAAAAAGUAGCUUGCAGGAAUGGGAAAGGCUCUUGCGAUAGGAGCAAGGCAGUUUUGCUGGUCUCACCUUCUCUUCCGGCUCAAACUAAUUGCAGGUCCCACCUCUUCUUCUUGCUUAGGCUCUUGUAUUACUCAAAAGAAAACACAGUGUCUCACAGCACUGGGUUUUUUAAAUGGGGAGGCACAGGGAACUGAAGCCACUCUCUGAGGUGCCCACAUCCACUGCAGCAGGAAUGUCUGUAAAAGGGCACAGCAAGGUAGUGUAGGAGGAUGGGGGGUGGGCAGAGAAGCAACAGUGCGGAGUUUGUGCAUGCAGAGAGCAAAGGCAAAUGGAGAGCAAAAAGAACAAAGAAGCUGCGGAACAGGGAAGAACUUUAUCACAGUAAGAUUUGUUUCAAGCCAUGAACAGGUCCCAUGUCAGUGAUUGCCACUGCUGCCAGAAGGAGGUAGUCAAAGCUAAAAGACGCACGUGAUUGUAAAGGGAAAAGAAGCUGUCUCCUAAACUAUUUCCUUGUUGUAACAAAGUCUGCUGGAACAGCAUCACUCUUCUGGCCCAGGAGUAUGUUAUUUGCUUUACCAGAUCAGAAAAGAUGGGGUCUAACUGGAGCAUGUCUCUCUGUGUACCAGCUGGCAUGGGUAACCAAUAGCCACUUGCCCCAACAUAGAGAAGGACCAUUGAACGGGGCUGGCAAGGUUCUGCUGGGGAAUGCCACUGUGUUAUACCAGCUGGGAAGCUUACUGAAGGGCUUUCAAAAAUAUCUGUCUUUUUUUUUUCCCUAACAUGAAGCUAACUGUAUAUUUUUGUAAGACCAUGUAUGACUUUUCGCACUCUCCCAGGGCCCUCAUUUUUCACUCCAGCUGACAGCACAUGGCUCUGCUUUGUGCAGAGCUCAGCUCUCUGGGUCAGCAAGGUUUCUCCUUCCUCCCUGCAUUUUGUAAAAUGAGGAUUUCCAAAGAUUUAAGCUAAAAAGGGCAAGAAAAAUUCUGGUGGUAUGUUGCCAAAGCGUAAGACAAAGGCUGCUAUGGAAAGAGGAAGAAGGUUGAACUGAGUGUGAUGGAACUAAUACUCCUUGGUAUCUGUUUCUCUUUCACGUGGGUUGUCAUUAAUCUUAAGCAUUCCUGACAUUUUGCUGAGAGUAGGAAGAAUAAACAGACUGGGAAAUUGCUCCUAUUCAUUAAAAGAAAAGAAACCCCAGCCCUGUUCUAGUCUUCACUUCUUAAACAACUCUGCCUGUGUGACUCUGCUUCCCAAAUAAAGUCAUCCAAGUAUAUGCCAAAAACAGGGUCACCCCAAUUUUCACAGCAGUGGGAGGUAAUGCACCUCUUUUCAGCAGUCUCCCAGGCAGCUGGAAAAGAAUGACGCAUGCUUCAGCAGAACAAAGACUGUGAAAGGUGGGACCGGAAAACAUGAUCCUUCGGGAGGAAAAUAUAAGCAGUGGCUUUUAUCCAGCAGAGGAGAUACCCACCGGAGUCCUGCUAAGAAGCCACUCUUCAUUCCCUGGCCAUAGUCAUGGGAGAGGGUUGGAAUGAAAAAUCUUAUUAUCCCAGCAAGCUUUCGCUGGAUGCAGCAUCGAUCGCCGCCUCACCACGCGAUCGGCUGCCUGCAAGGCAAAGGCGGGGGCCAAGCUGGCUGGCUCUGGGCCUGCGGGGCCAUUGCAUCAUGUGCUGUCCUUCCUACCAUGGGCCCAGACCAGAAGGCGUGUAGCUAUCCAAGCAGAGCAUCAAACGUCCAGUGCCAAACCUUUCCUUCUCUCCUGAACUCCCAAGUCUAUCUAAUGGGCAUCUUCUCCUUCCAGAAAGGCUCUGGUCUGUGUCCUUGUGGUGGAACAGGCUCGAAACUCACAAACCGAUGGCUGUGUUGGGCUGUAAUUAGUAGGGUUCAGGCACUCUGGACUGGUGUUGUUGCUGGAGAUGCCAGCUAAAUGAACAAAUCCUACUAGGAGCACAGUCCUGAGAAAUCAAAUUGAAGUCUGUUACGUUUCUGACAAUGCAGAGCUACUGUGAAGCUCAAGAGAGCCUGACCCACUGCAGUCCUAAACACUAGGGAAACAUGCACAGGGGCUUUCCUACUGCUCCAAAGGGCAGCAAAGCAUACAGGUGCCCGAAUGCGCCCUUAAAGUUCUCACCAGGGGUGUGACAUGAAAAAGCACAAGAGGUGCCAAGCUUAGUCCCAGUUCUGUCUGCAUCUGUCUCCAGCUUGUUCUGUGGGUUCUUCAAUGCAAGCAUCCUCUCAUGCCUGGGGAAAUGGUCAAGGAAACACAAAGAGAGCAGUGCCUGGUCGGGAUGGAGGCCAGCACAUGGAGAGAGCUUGCCACCUGCCACUCCUUGCUUAGCAGCCUCAGUGCUGGGGAACCCUGCCAUCAUGUGUUGGGCCACUUGGCCAGGCUGAAGCUGUAGGCAGCAUCUUUGCCUCCCACUUUGCUUGCCAUUCAGUUAUUUGCUUUUGCAGCUAAUAAGCUAUUUAACACUUGCACUGUGGAAAGCCCAGGGUCUCUCCCAAGGGAUACUGGCUUGCAGUGGGAGAGCUAGCUCGAACAAGACCUUUAUAGCUGCCUGCUAGAAGGCCCACAUCUGAAUCAGUGCUAGCCCUGCCUUGUCCACCAUUAAGCCCACCAAUGACUGCACCAGAGAUCUGCAGGGCCUGAUUUUUCCCCCAAAUGAUUAAAGACACAAGAUUUUGUGCAGAAUGCUAUGGGUAAAGUGACAGAAGCUUGUCACUGUGUCUAAAUCUUCUUAUUCUGGGAUCUCUGUCUUCUCCUUUUGGGGGCAUAUUCACGCUUGCACUUCAGGCAAGAAUGAAGAGGCAGAGACUGUGAGAGAAAAAUCCAGCUCCCACCUGCUGCUCCUUACAUGCAUCCCACAUGGAUGCGUGCAUCAGGACGGGGCCAAUUGCUUCAGGAUUACUCACCUGAACAGGGACUUGCAUGCGAGAGCCCAAUUUAGCUUGAGCUGUCAAGCGAAUUUGGUGCUUGAUAUGAUGUGAUUCACGGAUGUUGGCUUGAGCUUGAAUCACGCCCCUUCCUGAGGCUUUUGUCCACCUGAAUGUUUUUUAAUUCCCCUGACUGCCAGAUACAAACAAACCACAGAAAGUGAAAUACAGGCAGGAGCUUGAGCCAGAGGAACAAGCACACAUGAGAAAGAGACCGUGUGGCAGGAAUUCUCCAGUCUGAUGCUGGCAGAGAAAGGCAGACAUCCAUGUCCUCCCAGCCUUGCUUGGCCACAGCAGAAAAGAUGGGGGGAAACCAACCCACUCUCACAACCCCACGCGCUCCCUGCUACACCCCACUGAGGCUGGCAGGAUGGCAAGGAGAGGUGGGAAAGGUGGGAGGAUGAAGAUGGCUCCCUGGCCAUGAUCCCAGCAGAUAAGACAGGAGAGGAAGAGUCACCGCCGAGCAGGGUGCAUGCCAGUGGGUUAUAAGCCAUCUGUGUCAGCGCACACAUAACCUGAGCUGCCCCAGCGCGUACCUAGUCCCCAUCUGGCAGGGAAGGUGGUGCUCACUGCCAGCCCUCCAGUCUGGCCGCUGUGGGAGUCACAGGAAAAGGUGCUACUGGUGUGUUCCCCCACCCCUGCUUUCUGCCCAGACCUGCUGGCGAUGGGGCUGCUGAAGGGACAGCAAGAUGGCUCGUUCCGCUGUGAUGCCCUGGCCAAGCUCCCUGCUGAGCUUGGCAGGCACCAGCAGGCAAGGAGCUGAAGUCCCUGUGCCCGCAGCAAGCAUGUGAAUGGGCUGUGGGAAGCCCUGGGCUGGCCUGUGCUCUGCCCAGCAUUGCGCUAUUGCAGCAUCUUCUGGAGGGGGGUUUCUAAUAUUUGUUUGUCAGCUUUAAAGCACUCCGAGUAUUGUGCAAAAAUCUGACUUGCUGAACACCUGCAUUUGCAAAUGCUGCACAUUCGCAGUGCUAGUAGUGGGUGAGCUGAGAAGAGGGUUACUGUUAGCUUUUGGGUGUACAGGUUGCAGCUAUGUGCAGUAGGAUUUCCUUUUUGCAGAGGGAAUCACAGCAAAAUGAAUGAAGCAACAGGGAAAAGGUAGCUCCUGGGGUAUCAGCCCUGCCCAGAGUUAUAAAAAACCAAAAGACAGAGAGUAACGAAGGGAGUAAAAGGAAACUUAGCCCUUCCGUUUUACAAAGGAUUGGAGAAGCAAGACCAAAUGAUGCUGGAGCAAUAUCUCAUUUUCUUCAGAAUCAAGGGUUAGCAGAGGUCUUCCCCUCAGAAAGGAACAGGGCACAGAAAUGGAUCUUUGUCUCUUUAAGAUGAGAUGAACUGCCACUCUUAGUCAUAUAUCUUUACUGCACCCUAGGGUUAUAAAAACAUACAUCUUCAUUUUGAAAGUCUUUUAUUACAUCCAUAAACAUCAGAUUGCAGCUGACUGUUCCCUGGAUGAGAAUGUCCUAGUGCUCCAAGUGAGUUUUGACAGGGGGAGGGAGUGAAAGUAAGAUUUUUUUUUUACUGGAACGGUGUUUAUAGGGAACUUGUCAGUCUCUGGCACGCUGCAGCUACUGUCAGAGAGCGGAGCAGCAUCGAAGUGAGAGGACACGGGUUUCUGUGCUUGUUUUCACUGUUGGACUCGGGUACCAUCCCAGGUGCUGCAUACGAGAAAGAAGAAUUGUUCCAGAAUUUAUUGGGACAGAUUGCAGAGCAGUUCUCGAGGGUUUUUAAAAUCAACGAGCUGAAAACGGAAGUAGCUAAUCACUUGGCAAUGCUGGAGAAAAAGGUUGAAUUGGAAGGCCUGAAAGUAGUGGAGAUUGAGAAAUGCAAGAGCGACAUUAAAAAGAUGAGGGAGGAAAUGGCAGCAAGAAGCAGCAGGACUAACUGUCCCUGCAAGUACAGCUUUUUGGAUGAAAACAAGAGGCCGACUCCCCGGCGGGAUGUACCAUCCUACCCAAAGUACAUGCUGUCCCAGGAGACCAUUGAAGCACUUCGGAAGCCAACCUUUGAUGUAUGGCUGUGGGAGCCCAAUGAGAUGCUGAGUUGCCUGGAACAUAUGUACCAUGAUCUUGGGUUGGUAAAAGACUUCAACAUCAAUCCUAUCACGUUAAAGAGGUGGUUGCUGUGCAUUCAUGACAAUUACAGAAACAACCCCUUUCAUAAUUUCCGGCACUGCUUCUGCGUGACCCAGAUGAUGUACAGCAUGAUCUCGCUCUGCAGCCUCCAGGAAAAAUUUUCCCAAAUUGACAUCUUGAUUCUCAUGACUGCAGCAGUGUGCCAUGACUUGGACCAUCCGGGCUACAACAAUACCUAUCAGAUAAAUGCACGAACUGAGCUCGCAGUACGCUACAAUGACAUCUCCCCACUGGAGAACCACCACUGUGCUGUGGCUUUCCAGAUCAUUUCCCAGCCAGAAUACAACAUUUUCUCCAACGUCAACCAGGACCAAUUCAAACAGAUAAGACAGGGGAUAAUUACAUUAAUCCUGGCUACAGACAUGGCGAGACAUGCAGAAAUACUGGACUCUUUCAAGGAAAAAAUGGAAAAUUUUGAUUACUCAAAUGAAGAACACAUGACUUGUCUGAAGAUGGUACUGAUAAAAUGCUGUGACAUCUCCAAUGAAGUCCGCCCGAUGGAAGUAGCAGAGCCCUGGGUAGAUUGCUUACUAGAGGAAUAUUUUAUGCAGAGUGACCGAGAGAAGUCUGAGGGGCUUCCAGUGGCACCAUUCAUGGACCGUGACAAAGUGACCAAGCCGACAGCACAGAUCGGCUUCCUGAAGUUCGUUCUUAUCCCUAUGUUUGAAACAGUAACAAAGCUAUUCCCAGAAGUGGAGGAAGUAAUGCUCCAGCCCCUUUGGGAAUCCAGGGACCACUAUGAGGAAUUAAAACAGAUAGAUGAUGCUAUGAAAGAGUUGCAGAAAAAGAAAAGCGACAGCUUGACCACUGGCAGUACUGAAAAGUGAGAUGAAAAGGUCUGAACAAGACACAAGCCCUAAGGUUAUUCGGUUUUUGAAAAGUGCUGUAUUUGCCAAACAGACGUGGUGGCUACAUCAAAAUGCAACUGGGACCAUGUACACGGAGAGGUGGCAGGCACGGAUGCCCCACAAGCCUGUCUACCUGCCUGGGCGUCUUGUCUACAGCCUGCAGCCUGCUCGCACAGGCGCUGCCAGUGUCAGCACCAAGGACUCCCCAUGCUCCGUCAUGCCCUCCGCUGCGGACAUUGUAUGGCUCAAAUCUUCAGCAGAUUUGCCUUUCUGGUCACCAUGCUGACUGCAGUGUGUAGAGACAAAGCAGAGUUUGGCUAAGGAGCCUUUUCUGGAAAACAACAACUGGCAUCCAAAACCAAAAAAACCAGUUGAUUUCAUCAAGAUACAAUAUAUAUGUGUACAGCAGUAUGCUAAUUACAGCAUAGCUUAACAGAUGCUUAUAUUCUGACAAGGGUCUUGGCAUAUAUUUUUGUUUGCCUGUUAGGCCCUAAUGACACAUUUCUCUGUAUUACUCUCUGAAUUUUAUAGUGUUCACAGUACAUUCAGAAGCCUGGCAUAGUGGAUGCAAUUUUUUUUUCUACACUAGAAGAAGUAAGAAGAAACCUUAGUGAGUUUGCAGGUUCUCUUUGUGGCCUGGUACAACUAGGCACCAUGGGAUCCUUCAGCAUGAGCAAAGUGAGUACAAAGCUGAAACCACUGUGCAAGCAAAUUUUUAUCCUCAAGGGUGCAAAAAGCAACAACGAGAAAAACCUUCAAAGAUGUACAGUUUUUUUUUUUUUUACUUUUAAACUGAUCUGCUAAAUAAUAUAUUCUUCUACAGAAA